AACGCACUUCAGCAUACUUAUGUACUAAAGUGUCACGGACCAUAAGUAUAAGCAAAACUUAUGCUCCCAAACAGCCUCUAAAUCCCGUCUGGUUCUUUGAUGCGCGAUGCUUUGAAUUCUUAUUGUGUCUUUUCAUUUUUUUGUACUUUACAACUACACAACAUCCAAUCUAAUUAUCGAUCGCAAACCCUCAUCACAUAUAAAUCACCCUUUCAUCUUAGCACAUCAAGCUCUGGAAUUGAUUGCUACAUACUCUAUUUCAUACAAUGACGUAACCAUGUUUACCUUCAGCUCACUACAAGGAGCGCUCUCGGAAUCCGCCGCGUCGCAAUCCAUCCUCGAGCUUGAUGGCGGAAUCAAGCUUCUAGUCGACGUCGGCUGGGAUGAGUCGUUUGAUGUCGCGAAGUUAAAGGAACUCGAAAAACAAGUACCAACAUUAUCCCUCAUUCUCCUUACUCAUGCCACCACAAAUCACAUCGCCGCAUUCGCCCACUGCUGCAAACACUUCCCGCUCUUCACCCGCAUCCCCGUCUAUGCCACCUCUCCCGUCAUCGCUCUCGGCCGUACCUUACUUCAGGAUCUUUACGCCUCCACCCCCCUGGCUGCCACCACCAUACCUUCUAGCUCCCUCGAUGAAGUCUUGUAUACAAAUCAGCAGUCAUCCUCCGAUAUUUUGUUACAAGCUCCUACUCUAGAAGAAAUCGCAACCUACUUCUCCCUCAUUCACCCCCUAAAGUACUCUCAACCACAUCAACCUUUGGGUUCUCCGUUUUCCCCUCCCUUGAAUGGUCUCACAAUCACCGCAUACAACUCUGGUCGAACACUCGGGGGUACUAUCUGGCAUAUACAGCAUGGGUUGGAGUCUAUUGUCUACGCCGUAGAUUGGAAUCAAGGACGUGAAAAUGUAUACGCAGGAGCGGCCUGGCUGGGUGGCGCGGGAGGUGGAGGUGCCGAAAUUAUUGAGCAAUUACGAAAACCUACAGCUCUGGUAUGCAGCAGCAGAGGAGGUGAAAAGCCUUCCAUACCGGGAGGCCGGAGUAAGCGAGAUGAGCAAUUACUCAGCAAGGUCAAAUCUUGCGUCAUGAGAGGAGGAACUGUCUUGAUACCUGUUGAUUCGAGUGCCAGAGUGCUGGAGUUGGCAUACCUAAUGGAUCAUGCGUGGAGAGCCGACGCGACUACUGGCGAAGGCCAGCUAAAGACCUCUAGGCUCUACCUGGCGGGCCGCAAUAUUCACAGCACGAUGCGAUAUGCACGAAGUAUGCUCGAAUGGAUGGAUGACAGUAUCAUUCGAGAGUUUGAAGCUGUCGUUGAUGGGUCUAGACGUGUUAACGGCGUGGCUGACGGAGCCAAAACGGGUAAAGAGGCUGGGCCUUUCGACUUCAGAUAUCUAAAACUUGUCGACAGGAAGGGCCAAAUUGACAAAAUUCUCGGCAGCGGGGCUGAUGACAAUACCACCUCUGGCAAAGUAAUCAUCGCCAGCGAUUCAACAUUAGAGUGGGGUUUCUCGAAAGAUGUGCUCAAACAGAUUGCACAAGAUCCCAAGAAUAUGGUCAUUCUAACCGAGUCCCCUUCGUUGAUCUCGGACGCGUGCCCAUCUUUAGCGAGAACUCUCUGGACAUGGUGGAAAGAAGGCCAAGAACAUGCAAAGGAGGGCUCUAACGGUAUAGCUAAACAUGAACUAGAAUUUACGGUUGCGAAGAGGCAAGCUCUGGAGGGCAAUGAUCUGGCCAUUUAUCAGCAGUGGCUCGCGCAACAACGCCAGCUCCAAACAACCCUUCAAACUGGAGGUGCCAACGCACUUGAGUCGUCUGCGGAUGUAGGCGACGAGGUUUCUGAGUCGGAGUCUGAAUCGGAAGAUUCCGAUAACGAGCAGCAGGGUAGGGCACUGAAUGUUGCGACUACGAUGGGCCAAGCCAGUAGGAAAAAAGCCGCUCUGACAGACGAAGAUCUCGGUAUCAACAUAUUACUAAAGAAAAUGGGCAUCUACGAUUUUGACGUCAGGAAUAAAAAGGGUCGGGAUAGGAUGUUCCCACAUCCGGUUCGUCGAAAGCGUGCCGAUGACUACGGCGAACUUAUUCGACCCGAGGACUACCUCAGAGCAGAAGAAAGGGACGAAGGCGACGGUCAGGAUUUCGGCCAGGCGGGCAGGGACGAGGAACAGGAAAAACUUGGGAAAAAGCGAAAAUGGGAUAGUGCGGCAAUUUCAGCAAAAGGCCAGGGCACUGGGCCAUCGAAACGACCACAUCUUACACGCAACGUCUCCGACGAGUUUGAAAUGGCUAUAUCAGAUGGCCCUGUGGAGGAUGAGCUCGAUGGAAUCCCCGAUGACCCCGAUGAGAUUGCAAAAGGCCCCUCGAGGUUGGUAUUUACGAAAGAAACCAUUGCCAUCAAUCUCGAGAUUGAGUUCAUGGAUCUUAGCGGCAUACAUGAUAAGCGAAGCUUACACAUGUUAAUUCCCCUAAUCCAGCCUCGGAAGCUCAUUCUCAUUGGUGGUAACGAAGGCGAGACGUUAACGCUGGCUUCGGAUUGCAAGAAACUCCUAGCCGAGGGAUCUACCGGCAUAUAUACCCCGAGUAUAGGUUCGACCAUUGAUGCCAGCGUUGAUACAAAUGCUUGGGUUGUUAAGCUCGCCCCUGCCCUAGUUAAACAGCUCAAAUGGCAAAACGUACGCGGGUUGAGCAUAGCAACAGUCACCGGCCGAUUACUUGCUAUGCACAAAGAGAUUGUUGCAGAAAGCCGCGACGAGGACGCCGCAAAUAAGCGCCUCAAGACGGAAGAGUCAGUAGAGCCGUCAGCCAUCGAAGCCCCUGUGGAGCCAACACUGGACAUACUCCCUACCAACAUGGUAUCGGCGACACGGUCCGUGGCCCAACCAUUGCACGUUGGAGAUUUGCGACUAGCGGAUUUGCGGAAGGCGAUGCAGCAAUCGGGUCACACGGCGGAAUUCAGGGGCGAAGGCGCGCUGCUCAUCGAUGGGUCUGUCGUCGUGAGGAAGACCACCGCGGGCCGCAUUGAUGUCGAGAGCAUUGGUUUGCCGACUGAUGGGGGCCCAGCCACACAGCUUGGCGGUACCUUCUACGCCGUGAAGAGGACCAUUUACGAGAGUUUAGCUGUCGUUGCUGGAGCUUAGUAGAACUAAACUGCUACAACAUAUUGAAUGUAUGAAUACUAGAUGCAUGUGCUACUUAGCCAAGACCUUGGUUGUUUAGCAGAGAGUAGAACAGGAGCGUAAAUGGAACUUGUGGGAUGCCUUUUCCUUUUCAUCUCUCAGAAUCUAACGAUGUAUUAUUAGUUACGAUAAUACAGAUCACGUGAUGGACAUGAGUUCAAUGUACAAUCCCAUUCUUCUAUUGCAUGUACUAGGUGGUGUCUCGUGUUUGUAAGGUACAGUAUUUGUGAAUGCGUUACUCUAAUUACUCUAAUUACUACCUAGUAUGUAUAACCAAGUUGUGUU